AUGAUCAGACGACCCGUGUCUUUAUACGCCCCAUCGAGUGCUGCAGUGGUUCCCUUCGAUGACCCAUUGCGGAGGAGUCAGUCGUAUAGGGUGUUAAAGUCACACCCUUCGGAUCCCGUAGCGCCGAAGCAUCUUGAGCGAGGGUCGAUCAGCGAUGCCAACAUAUAUCCACCGCCCCUGGCUCUGCCACAAAGGUCUCUGGAGCCCUUGGCGUUCUUGACGGUUGAUUUCGAGUUAGCCCGGAUCUCAAAUACGUUCGUGGAUGCCAUCGGUGCUGGUUCGGCGCAGUCCAUCCUAGGGCGGAAGCUGGCAGAGGUCAUGGUUCCGCAAGAAUGGGAUAGAGUUGCUGCCCUCCAGCGGUCGCUUCAAGAUGAACAGGGCAGGAAAGAGCCAAACUAUCUGCCUCCCAUUUUUGGUAGACAGGAGUUGGAGAGGGUUCUACAUGCCCUUCCGCUAGAUUCGGAAUUAGUGUCCAAAUACUCUCUUGACAGGCAAGACUUUUUCACCUUCAUCACAGCCGAAGGGCAACCCCGGCCUUAUCCGAUCCGCAUCGGGCUGGUAAAGGAGGAUUCGAUAUACUUCGUGGUGCUGCAUCUCAACUUGCAGGCGCGAUCGUUUGCACAUCCCACGCCGUCUCCGCAUACCAGAGACGUCCCAUACUCAUACCAGGCUCCGCAUUUGCCUCCUCAACUUACUCCCGUAUCGGCUUCCUUUGAUUCGAAUCGGCCAAGGUUCGGGGAUACGAGGGAUCCAAGAGAAGGGGGGCUGACACCUCGUCUGCCUGUCACUCCCGGCCAAUCGGUGAUGGGGAUCAGUCCAGGCGUGAGUCCGAAUGUCCCGUCAUAUUCGCCUUCAUCUGGACGCCUCGAUCACACGGGUGGGCCUUCGUAUCAAAUUCCCCGCAGCGAACUGCCCGCAACCCGUGCACCGCUGUCGUCAGGGUACCAGCUCCCGCCCAUCCGGAGCCCCGGUCAGCAGCCCGGCCCAAGUUCGGAUCCGCGGGCAGGUCGCGUCGACAUUGGCGGCUUGAUCGACCGUCAGGAUACUUCUCGGUGA